AUGGCUCAUCAUUUUCCUUUCAGGGGCAAGAAACAGACCGAUAUGGAGAAAGCAAGGGAGAAUAUCAUAAAUCAAUAUGAUGGCCACCACCAUCGAUCAUCUGGAAUGCGGUUCCGGCAGCCUUCUGCCAACCCGGAAACAAUUGAGGAUCGCAUGCUGGAACUGGAAUAUACUCGCGAUGGGUACGGCAAGAAAAAGUAUCUGAAUCCUAAUGGAGACGAAGACCACGAAAAAUAUACCGACCUGGACACAUACUACAGCUCAAAUAAAGAGUAUCCACGUCGACUUGUUGUGCAGGCGACUCCAGAAACCUAUGAAGGGACCGAUUAUCCCCCUCGUCACUGGAGGCGACGCCACAUUCGUGGGAGAGUCCCAUUCAUCAUCACCCUGGCCGAACUUUGCUUGAACCCGCUUGGCCUUCACCGCUUCGACGGUGUUCGAGUCAACGAAUACGAGAAACAGGGGGAUGAUACGGCUCAAACCCAGGAAAGCUUGAUAUUGAAAAUCAGCAAACAAACCCUGCACUGGAUCAUGUCAAUCCUGCUCACCCUGUCACUAUCGUGGAUUAUUCCAGUUGUGCUCUUUUUCGAGAUUUGUACCACCCCGUGGAAUGACGACGGCACAGCUGAGCCCUACAAAAAGUAUCAGAACGUUCACUGGAACUGGCCUAAGCAUGCAAUGAACCUCCUGGACCAGUCCCCCAAUAAUCAUCAACGGCAGUCAAAGAUAGCCAGUCUUACGAUUCCUCGUCGCUUGGUGGUAAAAGACCGAACUACCAAUCAGUGGGUCUCCAAGAAGACUGAGGACCUUCGUGAUGAAAAGACGGGCAUGCCACAACCCUAUAUUUUCCUGAGUUUUUCGCGGGCCAACUAUCUUGGCAUAAAAACAAAGGAAGAAUUACGGGAGAUGUUGUAUCAAGUGGCUGAACGCAUGAUCCAGUACGAGAACCGUCAUAAAGACCCGCAGGACCCUCCGCUAGAAGCCUUUUGGGUGGACGUCGAUUGUGUUUCGGACGAUAAGAAUAUACCAGGUAACGGUGUCGAAUCAGAAUGCACCCGGGAUAUCAACACGAUUUGCGAUGCGGUCCGCUGCGCGAAGCGAGUAUAUGUAGUCCUCCCCACUGAAAGUGAGAAUGACAAAAGAAUUUGGGGACAGCGGAUAUGGACAUUUCCGGAAGUCCUCCUCGCUGCCAACAGAAUCCGAUACUGUUUUACCCAUUCUGCCUCUAUGUCUUUGUCCACGCCGCAUGAACUCACGCUGAGUGACAUGUACAAUAGCUUCUGGCAGCCCCCCAAGUCAGAUUUGAAUGUGGAUGAACACGAAGACGCCAUAGGCUACCUCAUCAGCCAUUAUACCAAUAGCCUUCAGCUGAGCGAACUGCAAUUGUUCACUUUUGCUGUCCAAGCCAUGGCGAAGCAGACAACUGGCGUCGACACCAUGGGGUACACUGCCAGGGAUAUGGCCUACGCUGCGAUGGGGCUUUUAUCAUAUCGACUUACCCCCAAUGAUUCCGAUAACGUCUUCCAGGCCAUUGCGCGACUAUCCAUCGUGAAUGAUAGCAAUCAGCUGCUUGAGCGUCUCCUCUGUCUGUGGCCGGACCCGAAAAAUCCCACAGUGGAUAUACCGCCUAAACUGGCUUCGACUGGCAGCGAGAGGAUUCUUCGCAACAUUGCAGAUAAAGAUCAAUACGGUACUCAUCUUUGGGACAUCAAACCACUCUGCGAUGUGGUUGGUGUUGGCGGCGAGUUACAUGAGCCCACGGUCAUCGUUGAUCGCUGCCGGGGCAUCCCAAUCCGAUGGAAGGACUUCCCGAAACUGAAUUAUGCCAAAGAGCUCACCGGAAUGAGCACUACUAUCUCACAGACAAUCGUGUAUUUUGGUAUCUUCUUUGCAGGGAGUGGUUUUGCUCUCUUCAUGUCCGCUAUUGCGCUUGCGGUCUCAACCAUUGACUUCAAGGGGCAGCAACCUCAACUAGCAAGUGAUGUGAUGAGAAUCAUCAGAGAAGUAAUUGUGCCUCAGUACCUAGUGGCUAUUGCUUUGUACUUUGGAGUCGCCUGGGUCAUCUCCUGGCUUAGUCCUUGGGCGGUACGAAAGCUCUGCAACGAUGGAGUACAGGGAUGCUCCAGCCACCUUGUCGGAUUCGAAGGCACGAUGCCGUUGCAUGACCUUGAGAAGAUCAUCUACGGUAAUUUCAAUGAUCGCCUGUCGUAUUCGGCCUCAUCAACUGUCUUCUCUGGGAAACUUCGGGACAAUGAGCUCCGAAUGAGCAGGGAACCCCAUGAUCCGAAGUAUUGGAAGAAUUUGUUUCAAGAACUAAAGCUCCCUACCACGCACCGUAUCUUCACUCUCGUGGAUACGGGCGAUAUGACCGUGUCUGUGAUUUCCGCUGAGCGACCACCCGUCGUGGCUUUGAUAUGCGGGCGAGAAGGCGGCAUGCUCCGGGUAUUGCUGUGCAGCUGGCGCUUCGAAAAGAACUGUCUGUACCGUGAGGGUGUCGUUCGCAUGCGCAGCUCGCUUGAAGCACUGGCUACACCUAACGACUGGUUGAAGAUCAGCUUGGCGAGUCAGGGCGAUGUCAACCGUACACGGUUGGACCACCUCAAAAAGGGGCAGUCUUCUACAUCUAACCCUUCUCCUCCUCGUCCGACGGACUGA